AGUGAUAAGAAAUUUGAGUAGGAUGUAUGAGAUUCUGAUUUCGAUCUUUUACCACAUUUUAAACAAAAAAACACCCGCUUCAUAAUAAUGUUGUAUCUUCUGAGAUUCAUGAUAUAGUGUCGGAGAAAUUAUGUAUUAAAAAAAUAAUUAAAAUAAAGGUAAAAGAGAAAAUAUAAAUACGAUUUGUGCUGACGGAAUCUGUCGGAAGAGCAUCUAGAUCUUACAGCCAAAAGAAGUUUCCUCUCUCUUCUUUCUUUUCUUUCUCUCUUUCUCUCUCCAUUAUUUCGUGCUGAGCAAUUUACGGAAAUAACGAAUUCAGACAUGAAUUGUGCGAAACAAAACGGAAUAAUAAACCAAAAUUCACCAUGAAAGCUCAUAACUCGAGCUUCAACAUCAUCAUCAUCAUCAUCUUCUUCUCACUUUCUCUAUCCAUCUCACUCAACACUGCAAAACAUAUCAAUAAUGAAUCCGAUCAUCAUCAUAACACAAGAAGAAUUCUCCACCAACCAUUAUUCCCUGCAAGUUCAGCACCACCACCAUCACCAACCGUCACACCACCACCACCUUCUUCCUCCGACAACAUUCCAUUCUUCCAUGAAUAUCCUGAAGGACCACCGUCGGAUCAAAAUCAACCAACACCGAUUACUUCAAACGCUACAGCGGCAAAUCCAACGGCAACACAACCAGCUAAAGGUACAAAAAAAGUAGCAAUAGUUAUUUCCGUUGGAAUCGUAACGUUAGGAAUGUUGUCGGCGUUAGCUUUCUUUUUAUACAAACACAGAGCAAAACACCCUGCGGAUACACAGAAGCUAGUGUGUACUAACACACAGAGUAAUAACAAUCAACAACAAGAUUCAAGUUCUAAUGCUCCGGUAGUAGCUUCUAAUUUUCUCUACAUUGGAACGGUGGAACCUUCCAGAAGGUCAACAACGGUCAACGAUCCGAACCAAACAGAGAAGCUUAACCGUUCGCCGUAUCAUAAACUGAAUUCAGUUAAGCGAUCCGAUCGGUAUCGUCCGAGUCCUGAAUUACAGCCAAUGCCGCCGUUGAGUAAACCUCCAGACGGAAACAUACCGCCGGCGAUGUCGCCGGAGGAUUCUUCCGAUGAAGAGAGUAACGGAACGGCGUUUCAUUCGCCGCAGAAUUCGUCGUUAAGUCAGGAAGAUGGAUUUUACACACCGUUUUCCGUUUCACGACAGAGUUCUCUUGUUAACGGUAGUCCGGCGAAGAGAGAGAAUCCUUCGACGGUGACGCCUCUUCCGUUAUCGAAGAGAACUUCUCCGAAAUCUCGUGUUGCUAAUAAUUCGCCGGAUAUUCGACACGUCAUCAUUCCGUCUAUUAAACAAACUCCGCCGGAAAAACAGUUAACCACCUCCGGAGGCGGUGGACAUUCAAGAAAGCCGAAAUUCUCAGCGCCACCGCCACCUCCGAAUUUGGCACAUCUUCAAUCAACAACUAAUACAUUUUCAAACAUCUCUAAAACUUCACAUAAUCAUCCUCCUCCUGCUCCUUCUCCGCCACCACCACCACCGCCUCCUCCUCCGCCAAUGAUUCGAAGAUCAGUGUCUCCGACGCCGGUAGUUUCAGGUGGUGUUGAUUCUGCUGGUAGUGUAACAAAAGUUUUAGACUCUGUUUCUGAUGAUGUUGAUGAGAGUGUGAAUUUGAGAUCUUCUUCCGAGAGGUUUGAAGUUGAAGCCAAUGAAACGGAAGGUGGAAAACCGAAGCUAAAAGCGUUGCAUUGGGACAAAGUUCGUGCAACUUCAGAUCGUGCUACUGUAUGGGACCAAAUUAAAUCAAGUUCAUUUCAAUUAAAUGAGGAUAUGAUGGAGUCCUUGUUUGGCUGCAACAACAAUGGAACGAAUUCUUCGGCUACGAAACCGAAAGAACAAGGUGUUAGAAAAUCAGUUCUUCCUAAUUCUGUUGAUCAUGAGAACAAGGUGUUAGAUCCUAAGAAGUCACAAAAUAUAGCUAUAUUGUUAAGGGCAUUGAAUGUGACAAGAGAUGAAGUUUCUGAAGCUCUUUUAGAUGGGAAUCCUGAAGGUUUGGGUGCUGAGCUAUUGGAAACCCUAGUAAAGAUGGCUCCUACUAAAGAGGAAGAGAUAAAAUUGAAAAACUAUAACGGCGAUCUCUCAAAACUUGGAUCUGCAGAAAAAUUUCUUAAAGCAGUGCUUGAUAUCCCUUUUGCCUUCAAAAGAGUCGAAGCUAUGCUAUACCGAGCUAACUUUGAUUCCGAAAUCAACUACCUCAAGAAGUCUUUCCAAACCCUGCAGGCAGCAAGUGAGGAAUUAAGGAACAGUCGGUUAUUCUUCAAACUUCUUGAAGCUGUACUCAGGACAGGAAACAGAAUGAAUGUCGGCACUAAUCGAGGUGAUGCUAAAGCAUUCAAACUAGACACACUCCUAAAACUCGUAGAUAUAAAGGGAACAGAUGGAAAGACCACGUUGCUCCACUUUGUCGUCCAAGAGAUCAUUAGGUCUGAAGGUGCAGAAACUGAAUCUGCAAACGGAAAUAUUCCCGAACAAAUGGAGUCCAAAUUUAAUGAGGAGCAAUUUAAGAAGAAAGGAUUGCAUGUUGUGGGUGGUCUCAGUAAAGACCUUGAUAAUGUCAAAAAAGCAGCAGGAAUGGACUCGGAUGUCUUAAGCAGCUAUGUUACAAAGCUUGAAACAGGGCUUGAAAAAGUGCGGUUGGUUUUGCAAUACGAGACGCCAGAUAUGAGAGGCAAUUUCUUCAAAUCCACAAAGCUCUUUAUGAAAUACGCAGAAGACGAAAUUGUGAGGAUCAAGUCUCAUGAAAGAGAGGCUUUAUUCCUUGUGAAAGAAGUUACUGAAUACUUUCAUGGAAAUGCAGCAAAGGAAGAAGCACACCCUUUAAGAAUUUUCAUGAUUGUGAGAGAUUUUCUAAACAUUUUGGAUUUGGUUUGCAAAGAAGUGGGAAGGAUGCAUGAUAGAAUUGUUGGUGGUGCUUCAAGAUCCUUCAGAAUAGCUUCAAAUGCAUCAUUACCUGUUCUUAACAGGUACAAUGGGAAACAAGAUAGAAGCUCGGAUGAGGAAAGCUCAUCAUCCCCUUAGUAUUGUGAAUACGAAAAGAAACAAUAGCCUCUCAAAAUAACAGUGAAAGUAAAUGAAUGAUCUUGCAAACUUAAAUUCUCAUUUGGUUUAAUCCCAUUUCACUAAUAGUAAUAGUGAAGAUGGAUAACCUUCACUGAGAUCACAAUCACAAACAUGAAACAUGUUAAAUGCAUGUUUCAUGGUGAGGAAGAAAAGUGAACAUACCCUUGAAACAAUUUCUUGGUUCACUCAAAUGGGCUACAAAGGUUCAUGCCAAUGCCAUUAUCCUCAUUGAAAUGAGAGGUGUAGGAGAUGAUGCAUCAUUUUGUUUUUUCCACUGCAAUACAUAUGCUACAAGUCAAAAUAGGUUCUAUUAGAUCAGAGACAUAUAGUUCCACACAUUUUAAAUGAUGUGAAUGUUUUGAUGUACGUAAGAGGCUCUAUAUGUAAUUUUUAAAAUCAAAUAUUAAUAAAUACUAGCUGUUUUGCAGCAAUUUCUUUA